AUGCGUAGUACCCCCGUAGCCAAAGCGGUGUUGGCAGAGAUGACCUCUUUGUAUCAGACCUUGAAUUUCCUGGUGCUGCUAUGCGCAGCAGCUGCAGCUGGUGGCCUUGGUCAGUGGAACUUGCAGACGUCGGCAUCGGACCUGACAGACCAAGUGUCAGCUGUGGGAGUUUCUCCAGUACCAGCGAACUUGUCGGAGGUCAGGUUCAGCUGCGGGCUGUCGCAGCUACAGGAACCGGAUGCUUGCCUCAAAGACAAGAACCAGUGCCGCAGCGGGACCCAGUGUUUCGUCAAGAACAACUUUGACGAAGCAACUGUCCACGCCGUCUGCUGCUGCGAUCGCGAAACUACCCCGAUCACAGAGAUGAUUGGCGACCACUGGAGAUGCUGGGCGACUAAAACGCAUGUUCCGCCGUAUGGCUGCGACAUCAAGUGCUGCUCAAGGCACAGCGGAAAGAGUGCAGUUGCAUGUUUCAACAACGACCCGAUCUGCUGCGAAGAGGGCACGGCAUGCGGCAAAGCACUGGACGGGCAGGCUUGCUGUGCCACUCCCGCGAACACCACUUGCUGCACCGAAGUGGGCACCACUUGCUGGCACCGUCCAGAUGGAUGCAUGGUAGCAGAUCCGUUUGGGGCUGGUCAGCAGUGUUGCCUUCGAGGCAACAUAGAUGAUUAUUGUGUGCCCGACGCAGACUGCAAGUCCUCCAUAACCGUGUUUGGGCUGGCAACUGGUGCGUUCUUUCUGGCAACCCUGAUCGUCUACAGCUGGUUGAUGGGAGAGCUCAGCAAAGAAGAGUUCAGUCAAUGCAGACCGGCAUUUCUCCUCGUUCUCAAGGUCGCCGCAUUGAGCCUGAUCUUCGUAGUUGCUUAUUGGCUGCUGCCUUUGCGACUUCUGGGAAAUCCGGUCCGAAAAGAGCCUCAGCUGUUCGGCAUCCUCCUCACUGCUCUUCUGAUUGGUGUUGUCCUUGGCCCAGGCCCGAGGUCUAACACGGCCUUUCACUCUCAUAAGGCCACGGUGUGGAUCUACAUAUCGUGUCAUGCACAGACCUACUUUGGCAUUCCACAGUUUCUGCCGGUGGAUGCUCAUGGCUGGGGCGACGGAGUGUCGGUAUACUGGUUGGCCUACAAAGUCUUGGAGCAGACGAACAUUGGCUCUUUGCACGUUUGGGUGAAUGGUUGCCUGACCGAUUGCAUGGGCGAGGCCACCGGUCUACAGACAUUCCGGUGGCUUGCCCGGCGGAGUGUCGAGCGUCUCGCUUUGAAUCUGCGGCGGUGGUACCACCUGCUUACAGCGGACAGCUCAAGUAACGGUGACACCCAGACUGAAAGUGGCGAAUCUCGAGGAGAACAAGUUCAAAUCUACCGGCACAAUAGCCGCCUGUUCCCUCGCUUUGAGCCAACAGUUUCCCUGUACUUCGCCUGUGUGCCCGGCCGCACUGUGCCUGGUAGCGAAGAGCAAGGAGACCUGAUGACCAGGAAGGUGCUCGACCUGAUGAACACGAGCCCGCAUGCAUCGCCAAGGGACAUGUAUGGUCCCCUCCAUCGAAAGCUUUGGGCGGCACGACGCAUGGAGGGUGGGCCGUUGCAUCCGCUCCUUAUCACGACGGAAAGUUUGAACGCCGUCGAUAAUGUCGACCAUCGGGCGCG